UGAAUACCUGACGAAAAGGCCCACGUUUCACAGCAGUGACAUUUGAUAGCUGAGAGGAAAAGUGGCAUUCAUGAAAAGCAACCUUUGGAAUUCCUGCUUGUGAGAAGAAGGGGGGAAAAAAUUCCAAUUCAGCUUUUUUGUGCUGCCAGCAAGAAAUGAUCAGCAGCACCAGUGUUUAUGGCUUGAAGAUGCAGUGGACGCCAGAACAUGCCCAGUGGCCAGAGCAGCACUUUGACAUCACUUCAACCACCCGCUCUCCCGCCCACAAGGUAGAAGCUUACCGCGGACAUCUGCAGCGCACCUAUCAGUAUGCAUGGGCUAACGAUGACAUCUCUGCUCUCACGGCCUCAAAUCUGCUGAAGAAAUAUGCGGAAAAGUAUUCCGGCAUUUUGGAAGGGCCAGCUGAACGGCCCAUCCUGGGUAACUAUGUGGAGCCUCCGUCAGGGCUGGUGAAUGGUCGCAAAAGUGAAAGUGAGCCAUGGCAGCCUUCUCUGAACUCUGAGAGUGUUUAUCCUAUGAACUGUGUCCCGGAUGUUAUUACUGCCAGCAAAGCUGGAGUAAGUGCUGCCCUCCCUCCGGCAGAUGUCUCUGCCAGUAUAGGGAGUUCACCUGGGGUGGCUGGUAACCUGACAGAACCUAGUUAUUCAAGUAGUACAUGUGGAAGUCAUACAGUACCUAGUCUGCAUUCAGGGCUCCCAUCUCAGGAAUAUGCCGCAGGAUAUAACGGAUCUUACCUGCAUACAAGUUACAGUGGCCAGCCAGCACCUGCACUUCCUUCACCUCAUCCCUCUCCUUUGCAUAGCUCUGGGCUUUUACAGCCACCCCCUCCGCCACCGCCUCCACCAGCCCUAGUGCCAGGCUACAAUGGGACAUCUAACCUUUCCAGUUACAGCUAUCCGCCGGCAAGUUAUCCCCCUCAAAGUGCUGUGGGGCCUGGCUAUAGCCCUGGUGGUGCACCGCCUCCUUCAGCAUAUCUGCCUUCAGGUAUCCCUGCACCAACUCCUCUCCCCCCCACCACAGUACCUGGGUACACCUACCAGAGUCAUGGGUUAACACCCAUUGCGCCGCCUGCCCUGACCAACAGCUCAGCAACGUCUCUCAAGAGAAAAGCUUUCUAUAUGGCAGGACAAGGAGAAAUGGACUCCAGCUACGGAAAUUACAACUAUGGCCAACAGAGAUCUACACAAAGUCCCAUGUACAGGAUGCCUGACAACAGCAUUUCCAGUGCCAGCAGAGGGAAUGGCUUUGACCGAAGCGCUGAAUCCUCCUCCUUGGCAUUUAAGCCAACCAAACAGAUCAUGGCUCCCGAGCAGCAAAGGAAAUUUAACCAGUCCAGUCGGGCUCUGACGCCCCCUUCCUACAGUUCUGCUAAAAAUUCCCUUGGCUCCAGAGCAAGCGAGCCCUUUGGGAAGUAUAGCUCUCCCGUCAUGAAUGAACACAGCGAAGAACAUAGGCAGCUUCUUCCUCAUCCAAUGCAAGGCCCGGGACUUCGUGCAGCUACCUCAUCCAACCACUCUGUGGACGAGCAAUUGAAGAACACUGAUGCGCACCUCAUGGACCUUGUGACCAAUGAGAUUAUCAACCAAGGACCCCCUGUGGACUGGAAUGACAUUGCUGGACUAGAUUUGGUGAAGGCUGUCAUUAAAGAGGAGGUUUUAUGGCCAGUCUUGAGGUCAGAUGCAUUUAAUGGGCUGACUGCUCUACCUCGGAGCAUUCUUUUGUUUGGACCUCGGGGAACAGGCAAAACAUUACUGGGCAGAUGUAUAGCUACCCAAUUGGGUGCCACAUUUUUCAAACUCACAGGUUCUGGUCUUGCCACAAAGUGGUUAGGAGAAGGAGAAAAAAUUGUUCACGCUUCCUUCCUGGUGGCAAGGUGCCGACAACCCUCGGUGAUUUUUGUUAGUGACAUUGAUAUGCUCCUCUCAUCCCAAGUGACUGAAGAGCACAGUCCAGUAUGUCGGAUGAGAACCGAGUUCCUUAUGCAGCUGGACACCGUGCUAACUUCUGCCGAGGACCAAAUAGUAGUAAUCUGUGCCACCAGUAAACCGGAAGAAAUAGAUGAAUCUCUUCGAAGGUACUUCAUGAAACGACUUUUAAUCCCACUCCCUGACAGCACAGCCAGGCACCAGAUAAUAGUACAGCUGCUUUCACAGCACAAUUACUGCCUCAGCGAUAAGGAGGUUGCACUGCUAGUCCAGCGUACAGAAGGCUUUUCUGGACUCGAUGUGGCUCAUUUGUGUCAGGAAGCUGUAGUGGGCCCUCUUCAUGCCAUGCCAGCCACAGACCUUUCAGCCCUUAUGCCCAGUCAGUUGAGGCCUGUUACGUACCAAGACUUUGACAAGGCUUUCUGCAAAAUACAGCCUAGCAUCUCUCCAAAGGAGCUCGAUACAUAUGUUGAAUGGAACAAAAUGUUUGGUUGCAGUCAGUGACAAGCCGUCUUUUUAAAAAAAAAAAAACCCAAAACAAAAAAAUGUGAUGAAUGUUGGUGCGCGCGCACACACACAUGUACACACAAACCUGUUACAUAGGGCACGGUACCCCUUUUCAGUCGUGUUAAAAUUGUGGAAGGGUGUUUGGGGGUGGGGGGAAAGAUGAUCACUUUGCAUCUAAAGAGCCAGGUUUAGGCCUGAAGGAAGAGUUCAUCAGAGGAGAGCUGUUGAUCUGCAAAGCCACAGAUGAUAGGAAUAGUCUGUUGAUGUUCCGUUCCAUUCUGUUCAGACUAGACAACACUCUCUCACCGUCGAGGGUUGAUUUUUAGAAGGACAUGAACCCUGUGUGUUGAUUCAUUCUGCUGUUCUUGAGAUUUAGUUGCUGUCAAGUGCCUAAAGUGGUGCUUUAUUUUUUCCUUUCCUUUUUUUUUUUUAUUUGCCUCACAAUUACAUUGGUGGCAUGUGCUAAUAUAAAGAGCUUUAACUUCAAAAUGUUAUGGGACUAAAAGACAUGAACAGUUGUGUUGUGACAGAGAACCAGGUGUGACUUUGGUUUAAUUUUGGUUUUGGUUUUCUCUUUUGGCUAGUCUAAAAGCAACAGUAUUCCUCAAUCCUGUCUGUUCUGCAGUAUUAAACUAAGAACAGGUAAAACAGGGUAAUGGUAAUCUGGACCUUAAUUUCCGCAGUUUGUUUCGUUUAUUGUUCUGUCUGCAAAAAAAGAAAAAAAGAAAAAAAACUCAGGAAAGUGAUUGUGAUUUGUACAGUACCUCAAAGGAAUGUGUUGAAAGCACUAUGUACUGCUGAGAUUUAAUAGGCUAGGCUUCAAUGUUACUUUAUCUUAAAUAUGUAUGUUUACCUCAAUGGUUGGGAAAAAAAAUGACAAGGAGAAAUAUUUUGAAUGUAUUAAGGAGCAAGCUGAAGCGUGCUAAAAAGUUCAUCUUUAAAACUUUGAAAAUACAACAGGAGUAUCCCAGUGUUUAAGGAAGGUUUCUUUCUUUCUUUUUAACCAAUAUUGGGGAUCAAAUUGGAGCAAGGCAAUUUUCAUGGCAGUCAUGUGUGGAAGUCCUUAGUCCCUGACAAUUUUGUGACAAGUCGGUAGAGAGUGCACAGACAAUAAAAAAGUCCCCCUGUCAAAUUAUCGAAUCAUCCGGGACAGUCAGAGAUGAGAUCUGAUUAGGACUCUGAGAGGCAAAUUACCACAGACCACAAGAUACACCUUCGGCAUCUUGGUUAGGUUGUAGCAUCUUGAUUCCCCCAUUGCAUCAGUAGAACAGGAUCCUUGUAGGUCACGGAGCGCUUAGGGGCUGCAGAGCUGUUUACAGCAAUGCAGCGACAAAACAAAAAAAAACAACACAAAAUUGAACCCUCAAAUGGCAUCUCUCUUCCUCGCCUUGCAUUUUCACCACCAAAUGAAAAGUUGUCCGUUCAUUUUGUGUGCUGUUGCCUCUUCGGUUUCCUUGAUUGCUUUGUUUGUUUUGUUUUUAAUGUGAUCAUUCCACGGUCAUUAGAAAUUCACCCAGCUGGAAAAUGCCCACUAUUUUAUUUCUACCUCAGAUUUUGUUUUAUUUCUCUUAGAAAGCAACGUAAAGAACAGAACAAGCCGGAUUACCACUAGCAUGCAAAGCUGUUGAAGGACCUAUUCGCGCAUAACCCUAAAUAUGCUUCUUCUAAAAGAGCCUGCUUUGUCUUCAGUGAGGUUUUUAUCCAAGUAAGCGUGUGUAGAAUUGCAGUCAAAAAGAAAAGGGGUCCAGAAGGGAAUACUUCUGCCUCUUCUCCUCUUGCCCAGCCAGGGCAAAUGGUGACUGUCUUCCUUCGGGAAAGAGAAGCUAGAUAGGAUAUGUGGCGUUUUAUUCUAUUUGUGCCCCUUUUCUACAUUGUCUUCCUUUUUGAUUCUUUAAUGCUUUUAUGGACAAUUCUUUUCAUGACAGCUGACUGAUGCUGUAAUGUCGCUGAACAGUAGAGCAAUUCAGACCUUCGCAGCCACACGAGCAGAGAGCAACCUCUUUCUCUCUCUCCCUUUCUCUUUCUCUCUCUGUUUUUUUAUGUAAUCUUUUGUUUACUUUAAAGAAACAGUAGCCGAACAGUUACGAAUUAUUGGCAUUUAAUGUUACUUUUAAGUAAUGUACCUUCAAAUCCAUGAAAUAAAUGCACUGAAGAGCUCUAAUGAGAAAAAGACAAUUAGUCACCUACUUAUUUUGUCUUUAAAGCUACUGCCCAAUUAUUACACUUGGCAUUUUCUCAGCUAAAAUGUUAAUUUUCGUUGCUAAAAACCAAGCAAAUAAACCAAAAUGCAUGUUCUAGAAGUCCUUUUUGUUCAUUCUAAACUUAUGGGUUGCUUCUCAAAGGCAAAGUGGUUCAUUAAAAAGUAAAACAGUGCCUUUCACUAAGGAUAUAGUGAAGUAAGUCUUAAUAAGUGCUUCGCAUUUUCAGUUACAAAGGCCUUUCUUUCUCUCUCUUUAUUUCCCAUCCAUUUGUUCCAUUGUAUCUUUUCCGUUUGGGAAGAGCAACGAUCCCCUUUGCCAGAUUCAUAUUGAUCUUGCAGAUGGCUUUCUGAUGCGUAUUGCUGACCAAGCUUCUGACUGUUGGAUAUCACAUUAUGCUCUUGUGCUGCAUAAAGGCUCGAACAUGUCUUGAAAAACUAAAUUCACAAUUGUAUCACCUCUCUCUAUACUUCCUUUAAAAUCAAUGUUAUCUAAUUUUAAGGUGACACCAAAUGUAUGCAGUACGUGUGUAUAUAUAUAAUCCCAGUAGCACUUACUUCAGUUAAGUUAGCUUUGAAAUCUGCAGGUGCUCAUUUUAACUCACAUUUUACACUAUGUAUUUGGGGAAAGCAAAUUAUUCUUUCAGUGAGCUUCAUAAAUAAAAGACAUAACUGUCUGGUUAAAAGAAUUCAAAAAGUUUAUCACAUCCCACCUCCAGAAUCCUUUGAAUGUUAUAUUGUGGAUUCACUGCUGAAAGUAUCAGGCAAUUAAGUUUUCCUCCCAGAUGGUAAUUAGCUACAGCUAGUGAGGUGUAAUGUUUUACCUAACAUGAAAAUAGUUUUGUUUACUGUACUGUCCUUGUACAGAUCAAGGCAAGCUAUAUAACAGCUCUCUGCCAAUGGCAGUCCCCUGGCAAAUAGAAUCCCUCAGCCUUUGCCUGGUUCACCCAGAACCCAUUUGUUCCUUUUUGUACUAGGGAGGAGGCAACACUUUUGCACUUUUGACACAAAUGAGGCCAUUUUUUUCCUUCUGCUGCUACAUUCAGGUCAGUAUAGAAUUGCAACCAUACAUGUUUCAUUGCAAAAAAAACUGCUUCCAAGAUUUUCCCUCCGGGCUAUUUGGGUGUUCCACAAAUGAGAAGACUAUGUUUUGAUAGGGAGUUGAUAUGGCCAAAGCAUAUGAGCAUUCAGAGGAUGUAAAAUGGCCCUGCUAUCUGUUUCAUUUGAUUGGAACUCUGGAUUCUGAGUCAGCAGAGCAUAGAACGAUGAGGUUGGACUGCCAGAUUCCACAUUAAGCAGAUCUCUACACCUUUAAUAAAAGGGAGAAUAUUAAUAGUUAUACCUUCUCCACCAUUACAGCUUUAUGAUGGCUAAAAUUCCAUCAGCUGAAUUCUCCCUUUGCUGCAAAUGGUAAUAAUUAAAGGCAUAAAGCUUGGCUUCAUCGUUUGUGGGAAAAUUCUUUCAAUAAUUGGAGAUAAACAUGCAUCAAAUGCUUCCCCUUCUACUUGAGACAAUUUUGCAUUAGGUGAAACUUCAUCAUUUUUUUCCCAGCAGUUUUCUUCUCUGGUGACAAGAAUAAUUGCAAUAGCAAAAGAAAAAGCAUGGGACUAGUUUCUGCCAACCAAAUUAUCACUGCCAACUGAAAUCAUGGCAUGAUAACUGUCUAUACAUGUAUAAAGAAAUCCUCACUUCUAGCAUGCUUCUCUCCAAAACAUUUAGGCCAUUAAAGAUAGUAGUGAAAAGUUUGCUGACUGAGCUGAUCAAUGGAAUGUGAAGGCAGUUUGGGGCUAUUUACUUUUGCACAAAAUAUUUCUCUAUUAGUCAAUUUGUAUUCUAUUCAAAUGUAGAUAGAUGGGCAAAAUGGUUUUCCUUGUGCAUUUCAAACCCAUCAAGGAGAAAAUAAAACCUCCCAGUAAAACACAUAGGCAAAGCACCAUCUGGGAAAGCUAGCUCAUCUGUCCAGGGGCUAUGCUCUGCAAAAUAGUACAAGGUCAUUUUAUAUGGGUUAGCAUAAUACUUUGCUAGGCAAUUUUCAAAAGGAGAUAAUCUAGUGUAAAAACCCCAAUUAAUUCCAACAGAUGUUGGUAGAUGGUAAUGUGUUUACAUGUCAAAAGCUGCAAAUAAAGGUUUCUACUGCCUGAAAAUGUGUGCAACUUUGAGUAGAGGAACAUUUAUAAGUUCCAUGAUAUGUUUCAUUCUAAUCUAUGAAUAUAAAUCAUCUUUUAAAAAGUGAGAUCUCAGAAACACACAUGUGCACACACACUAUGGUUGACUAAAUUUUGCAUAAAUGAAUUUGUGCAAGUCUAUUUGUUUUUGUGGAACUAUCCCCACAUACCUAAUCACUAUCCUGACUUUCCUAAUCUCUAAAUGGAUAUGCUUCCUUUGCUAGGCAGGCCAUGUGCACAAGUUCUACUGAAGUGAUUGCCUGAAAGUCUCUUGUGCAUCUCCCAUUCAUUUCACUAGAUAUUCUGAGCGUGUAACUGGGAAUAGAAGGCCAUAAAGAUCAACAUGUGGCCUCCCACAGCAUUAACGCCCUUUCAUCUUGUUAUGCAUGUAUGUGUUUAUAUAAUCUUUAUCUGGACAUAUGCUCAUGAUAUGAGGCUGUUUUUCUUCUCUCGUUCAAGGAAAAGAUGAAAGCUUUCUCUUCCUUAAUCAUUUGCAGAUUUAUACUCAGAGCACAUUGGUAAACAUGGAGCUAGUAAUAUUCCUAGACCCAAAGAAGCUGCUGCCCUGGGGACUAGUCAAUCCAUGAACUGACCCUUCCCCUUUGCAAAGAUCUUUGGUUGACAUUCGAUUUUGAACCUGCCAGAUACGUUUUUGUGAACCAGGGAUACUGCAUCUUUAAUGAACAAGCUUCUAGUCUUUCCCCUAUUUUUAAAGACAACACAAGAAGUAUAGCACCAGGCACCGCAAUUGUCAAAGACAAUUAGACUGAAAGCAGAAAAUUUUCACCUCCCUGUCUCAGUGAUAGAUAAAAUGUCGGCAGUGUGAGUCAGCCUUGCAACCGAAUUUUGUGAGAAUAUAUGAAUCAGUCCUAUAGAAUGUUAAAUAUUUAUAAGACGGUUCUGUUCUCCACUAAGGUUGGGGAUGCAGUCAUUCCUUCUUGUUGUCUCAUGGUAUACAAAGAGGAGAAAAUAUUUCCCAACCGAAACUUUGCUUGUAUACAUCUCCCCUCGCCCCACCCAAAGGGUUCUUGUGGUUUACAUGCAGUCACAAGUAGUUUUGUUUGUUUCCAUAGAUUCCACCACCACAUUGGGUGUGUGUUCAAACAUUGUUCUUUGAAACCAUUUCUACCUCAUUACUACAUAUUGUACAUGUAGUAUUUAUUUGUUGUCUUUUUUUGAAUGUCAUGCAUUUUGUAAGAAAGACGUGUCCUUGAACUUGAACAGUCUACCUCAGAAAGACUGUCACUACACUGAAUAGUAUUAACCCACCAGGACGAUAGGAUGCAUUAGCAGAGUGUGGCAGGGCAGAUAAUGCAUGGGGACUUGGCAUACUGAUGGACUUUUAAUUGUAUUCUUGUAACACAAGAUUGCUUAAGGGAACGUAAAGGAAAUAAUGCACUGGGCAGAUCUUGAUCAGUGUCCCACUUUGGGGCAUGCUCUAGGAACAUCCCACUUUAGUAUGAUGAACCCUGAUUUGGGGGAAAGAAAAAAACAUCAUUGUUAGUCUCAAGAAUUCUUUGCAUUGGCAAUCUGGCUACAAUCUAUUACUGUUAACUGACAUGCAGUCCAACUUGGCUCUUAAACUCAAAACAAAUGAUAGUACUUAAGGAUUAUUUUUUAUCUUCAGUGAUGUAAAAGAAAUGUGUCACACACUGUAAGACUGUAAGUUUCUCACUUCCUGCGUAUUAAAAUGAAACACAAUGCAUUUUGUAAGAGUCUGUGCAAGGUUUAAACAUAAACCAAAAAUAAAAAUAAAAAAGAGGCACUUCCCAAAGGACUUUUAAAUAUGGGCUUCAAACCUCAUGCACACUAUUACGCAUGUCUGAAAUUCAUUACCGUUUACUGACAUAUGCGCAAAAAUGUGCACAGGAUUGGAACCAUGGAGUCAAGGUGCUCAUGUGUUCUGUAAUCAAAUAGUUUUAUUGCUGAUUCUGCUUUAUAGACAUGUUUGUUUUUUGGAAGUAAUUGUACACAGAUGGCACAUUUGAAGUACUUUGUAUGAAGUAUUUUAUAUUUUAUUAUUUAUUUUUGCAUCAUUUUCCCCCUCCCCUUUGUCUCCACUAGCUUUGCAUUACAGUAGGAGAAGAAUACAUUUCUCUCUCUCUCCCUCUCUCUCUCUCUCUCUCUUUUCAUUUUGCUUUUCUUUUGUAAGAAAAUACUGAAUGGGUAAAAUACCCCAAUCGAUGCAUGGACUUUUCUAGUUGCUUGUCAGCAAAUUGUGGAUCUUUUUACAAAAGCAAAUGAACUGUGACAAUCCACAACAUUCACAGAUGUUAAUGCAGAAAUGCAUUUGAAAAUUUUUGGUAUGCCUGACAAUCUGUUCUUUAAGUUCCAUUAAUAAAGUAGCAUCAGAUCUUUUAUUUUGCAGUUCCUUGAAGAAGUAUCAUUGUCUUGAGGAUGUCUAGUGGAAUGAUUAAGAGGUAGGGGGAAUUAUUUCUGUUGGUUUUCUGUGCGGGAUGCCAUAUUUCUCAUCAAAUAAUACUCCUUGCCUGGGGACAGUCCCUCCCCCCUCCCCUUUUAGUUAAAGCCCAACUAAAUUAAAAUUUUGGUGCACUUUGCUUUCCUGGCCAUAUUGAUUUUAUUUGCUUAAAUUGAAACAAUGUGUUGGGUUUGACCAGUUUUUGACCUCUCGCAAGGAGAGAAAGGCUUCUAUAGUACAUAUUUCUUUGAAUUCUUCUGGUACUGUUUUGCUUCUUUAUUCACCAAAUUUGAAAUCAUUUUUGUUGUGCAUUAUUUUGCAUCUUCUGAAACGAAAUGUGAUAUUACUGCACUCAUUAAAAAAAGUGAAAUGAUCCAUUUCUCUUGGAAAAAAAAUGACAAGCUUUAGAUGAUGAAAGCUUAAAUUAUCCAUCACUUGCAAACUGAAUUCAUAUAAUUUGUGAACAUUAUUAAUGUAAAUGAGACAUUUCUGCUUGGAAUUUUUUUUAUUAUUUUGAUGGGAUCAUUAUAUGGUUGAUCAUAUGUGUGUAGGAAGCUGCUGUACAAUUAACCUGGAGAUCUGAAAAUGCUUUUUUGUCCUCAUUGUUACAGUUUCAAUUGUAAUCCAUGCAUCUCAUUUUCUUGGGUGUUAGCACUGUAAUAUUAAAAAAAAAAAAUCAGUGCUCAGUAUUGUAACUAACUGUCCCUACUGAAUAUUCCUUUUCAUAAAUACUUGCUACCACAGGGAAAUUAAGUUUUCAUAUAGAAUAACUAGUUUCAGUAGUAAUCAUUGAAGAAUUAAAAUAAAAGUUGUGGUUCAAGGCAGAUAUUUUUAUGAAAAGUUUUCUCUAUUGUAAAAUUUGUUGUAUAUGGCUAUGCUACUAUCAUGGAAUACGAAAAAGAACAAGCAUACCUCAAAUAAAAGAAUUCUGAGUUAAAAAA